CAGGAAAGGAACACUUUUAUCAUGGUUGUUGUUAAUCCGCCCAUGAUCUGGAUCGUCGUUUUGAUGGGAUGGCUCGAUUUGGUGGCCUCGUUGAGCUGGAACGAGAUCCCGAAGGUAGAUUACACGGCCGACUUUAGUCCCCAAAAGUCUACCGCCGGGCGAGCGAAGACGGUCGACGCGUUUAUGAAAGCACGAAGGCCGAUGAGCCGGAAGGAGCAGCAGUCCGCAGAGGGAGGUCGAGCCGCGUGCCAGGUCUGUCUGGACGCGUACAAGCUCGCCGGGGAUGGCCAGAAGAAGGCCGACCGGGUGGCGAUCCUGCCGGCUUGCAAACACCAUUUCCAUAGCGCUUGCUUGAAAGAACGCUUCCUUCAUCAACAGCAACUCCGCCGCACCUCCCGCCACAGACUCCCCGCUCUCAAAUUCGUCGUCGUCAAUUGUCCCCGUUGUCUUCAUCCUUAUCCUCUCGCUUCUUCCCCCUCUUCUUGGAGUGCUUCUUGGACUAAGUUUAGGAAGAAAUGCGCAAGGUUUUUUAGGAAACUCUUUCGCUUGAACCCGUACCCUAAAGCUUAUAAACCCCAGAAACCUAGACCGUUAGAAAUCGAUAAAUUCUUGUAA